AUGGCUGGCUCUGACUCAGGAGGAGAUGCGUCGGAGGAAGACACCAAGUCGAGCUUGGAAGGACAGCGCAAAGGUGCCCCAGAGGGGCCACCACAGCAGAAUGUUUUUCAGGCAAUUGUGCUUGACCGCAUAGACACGAAUCUUUUCCUGGCUAAGCCCGAGAUUCUCUGGAAGCCACCUGGUGCUCGGGCAGUUUUUGGCGGUCAGGUUCUGGGCCAGUCCCUGGCUGCUGCCAGCCAGACCGUCGCACCCGGCCUUUCGCUGCACAGUUUACAUGCUUACUUCGUGCGGGCUGGGCAGCCUGAGCAUCCCAUUGUGUAUGACAUUAGUCGAGUUCGAGAUGGAAACAGCUUUGCCACGCGUUCUGUGGCAGCCCGUCAAAAGGGAGAAUGGAUCUUCACCAUGCAAGCGAGCUUCCAGCGUCCCGAAGGAUAUUCGGUGUGCCAUCAAGCCCGGAUGCCAGACGUUCCCGAUCCCGAAUCUCUGCCGACGGAAGAGGAAAGAUUUACGAAGCUCCUGCAUGAUCCAGAGAUCCAGCCGUUGGCAAAGUGGAUUCUGAGUCAUAGGAAAAAGUAUGUCAAUCCGAUUGAUGUCCGAGUUGUUCUCGACUCACUCAAUUGGCAUACGGAAGAAGCAAAGCAGAUGCGAGUGAAGUACGCUCUAUCGGGUUUGGGAAUGCCGUCUCAGCUGCUUUGGUUUCGAGUCCGUGAGCGAUUGCCUGAUGACGAGCACGUGCACCAUGCCGUCCUGGCCUAUCAGAGUGAUGCAGGCCUUCUGAGCACAGCGAGGGUGGAGAUGUCCUGGAAAUCAUUCUGGGAAGCUCGACCUAUGAUGGCUUCGUUGGAUCACGCAAUGUGGUUCCACCACGCCUUCCCCAGAUGGCGCGCCGACGAGUGGCUUCUUUAUGCCAUGUAUUCGCCUCGCUUGACUGGUGCUCGUGGGCUUUCCCAUGGGCACAUCUUCACGCGUGAUGGCUGGUUGGUUGUGAGCUGCACACAGGAAGGUUUGAUCCGCUUCGGCAAGGACCGCGGUUUGCCACCGUCUAUGCGACCUGAGACGAAAGUCAGCAAGCUUUAG